AAGGAGCAAAUCGUCAAUUACUUCAGGAUUAGUUUGGUCACAGUUUUCGUGGCUGUUGUGUCUUAAUGCCAAUUGCUACAUUGAUAACAUUAAUUAUUACAAGUAUUUUCAUUCAUUUUAUUAGUUAAUGUCAAGAAUCAAUGUAAACAUAGCCAAAAGCUAUGGCUUUGCUUCCACCUAGGAAGACUAAAAGUAUAUCAUCUUCAGAAAAUAUUUCUAAACAAGCGAUGACUCCUAUUCAAAUUCUCUUACAAAUGGGGUUUCCUCAAAAUAGAGCGAGAAAAGCUUUAGCUGCCACUGGCAAUCGUGGUGUACAAUUAGCAGCAGAUUGGCUUUUAGCCCAUGUUAACGACACAACUUUAGAUUAUAAUUCAUGCAGAGAAUACAUUGUAUAUGCUUGUCCUAGUGGUCAUUUAAUGGAAGAACUUCAAUAUUUUUGGGAUGAAUCAGCUAGCAAAUGUGGUCGAAAUGGGGCUCAUAAUUUCAUACCUCAUAUUACAUUAGUAUCUUUUUUUGAAGCACCAGAUGAAUUUUCUGACACUAUUGUAAAUAUUUUAAAAACUCUUACGGAAGAAAUUAUUCAACAAAUGACCAUAAACAAUUUUAAUUUGGAGUCCUAUGCCUCUUCAAAUUUUAUGGGUCUUUUUCUUAAUGAUCAAAACUCAGAUAUAUUUAAAAAAAUUGCUGUGUUGUUUGCUGAACGUGUCUCAGAAGUUGUUAAAGUACAAUUAGACCCACAUCUCAAGUCAUUACAUUUAACUCUAGCUUAUCAAUUUGAUGUUAAUCAUAAAGGAACAUUAAAAUCGCUAAUUAAGUCUAUAAUCAAUACCUCAUCACCAAAUUUUUGGGAAAUUAAACUAUAUUCCCGAGAAUCUAGAGCAAUAAAUAAACAGGUUUAUAAGGUCAUUUAUGCUCAUAUUCCACAAGCCACAGAUGAAUUAGAACUUCGAAUUGGAGACUACAUUUAUGUUUCAAAAGAGUCAGCUGAAAGUUCUAUAGAUGGUUGGGCUGAAGGAAUAUCUUGGUUAACUGGUUGUUCAGGGUAUUUUCCUUUAUGUUACACUGAACGAACUGCUGAAUCGGAUACAUGGACUUUACACUGUUCUUUUCUCUUAAAGAGCAAUUCUAAUGAGACUAGUAGAAAUAUUAAUCCUAGUAAAACUGACAAAAAAUUAGUACAAAAUUUAGAAUCAAUGUUUGUACCUGUUGAAAAUAAUUCUCAACCAGACUCUCCUAAAGGUAGAAAUCCUCGAAAAAUGUAUAUUUGUCGACAUGGUGAACGUAUUGAUUUUACAUUCGGAACAUGGAUUCCAUAUAGUUUUGACUCUGAAGGAAAAUAUAUUAGAAAAGAUUUAAAUAUGCCUUCUGAUGUUCCUCAAAGAAGAGACUAUCCAAAUUCUUUUCAAACAGAUACACCACUUACAUGUGUUGGUGAAUACCAAGCUAAACUAACAGGUUGGGGAAUGAAAGCUGCUAAUUUAACUAAAGAUAUCAAGCACAUUUAUUGUUCUCCAUCAUUACGAUGUGUUCAAACUUGCCAUAAUAUACUAGUUGGUUUAGAUAUUGAGAAACAAGUAUCAAUAUGUAUUGAACCUGGGUUAUUUGAAUGGUUAGGCUGGUAUAGCCGGUCAGGACUACCAAAAUGGAUGACUUAUGAAGAGCUUAUUACUGCAGGAUUCAACAUUAAUUCAAAUUAUGUACCUAUAAUAUCCCUAUCUUUGUUAAUAGAAAAUAUGUCAGAGACAAUAGAACAAUAUUAUUUGAGAUGUGAUACAGUAGUACAAGCAUUAAUUAAGACAACUGAAAAUAAAACUGGUGAUCUACUAUUAGUUGCCCAUGCUUGUUCGUUAGACUCUCUUUCGAGAUCAUUGCUUCAUAAGUUACCACGUUCUAAGCACAACUUUAUUAAAACGGUAAAACAUAUUCCAUACUGUGGCUUAGUUGCAUUAAUGACAGAUGGAAAUAAUGAUUGGUCUUUCAUAGAGCCUCCUGUACCUCCCUUAACCAAUUCCAUCAAUAAAAGAUUUAAUUGGAAAAUUUUAUAUUCAGAUUUUGAUGAAUCUUCUAGUUAAUUUUUCUUUUUGUAAAUAACACAAAUAGACUGCUAUAUAUAUAUAUAUAAUAUUUACUGAGUAUGUCAGUAAGUUUGUUAGUAUUUUGAAUAUUAUUCAAUGUUUAUUUUUGUAUUUCAGAAAUUAAAAAUUGAGGUUUAUAGGCAGUUUUUAAUAUUAAAAUAUAUAUAUAUAUAAAUUGAAAAUUGUAUAAUGUUUUAAAAAAUUGCAUUUUGUAUAGUGUAGAUAAAUAAACAAUAAAUAGAAUAAAUGUUCUAUUUAUAGCUGUGCUAAUUAAUUUUGAUAGUAAUAUUUUUUUAAUUUCAUUAUUUAUUUGUAUGUAUGUAUAUAAUAUUCUGUAUUUUUUGAGUUCUAGCAAUCAAUAAUGACAAUAUUUUUUAUAACUUUCAAAUUGUUAAUUUAUUUUUACUAAUUUUUUUACCAUUCAUUAUGGUUAUUACCUAUAAUGAAUAUUAUUACUCGUUAUUUUUUUCUUUGUAAUUUUCCAAUACUUAAUUUAAAAUUGUGUAACUUAAUGUUAUUAGUUGAGCUAUUGGUCUUUCAUUAGCUAUGUAUUUAUAAUAUUGUUAAAUGUUAAAAGAUAUUUGAAUUAAUAGCCAAGCUAUUUUUUUAAGAUAACUUUAAUUUAAUUUUAUCAUUAAAACUUUUCAACUUUACUUUUUAUUUUAAAAACCUUUGUUAGACUUUAAAAAUAAACAAUUUAUCAUUUAAUGUAAUUUAAAAAUAUUCUUUAAUACAACACAUUAAUUCUAACAACAAAUUAUAAAUCACUUUGACUGUUUCAUUUUAUAUAACAAUAUUAAUCUUAGCUAUAAUUUAUAUAUGAGACCUUGACAUAACAAAAUUCUUUUGUGAUAUUUAUCAGAUACUCAAUAUUAUAAAAUUAAUGAUUUAUAAUUAGAGCACAAAAAUACCUGAAUUAUUUAUAUAGUAUGUACAGUAAACAAUCUUAAAUUUAAAACUAAUUAUACACAUAUAUGUAUUUAAAAAAUGUUGGUUUAGAGUAUUAAAGGUAUUUUAGUAAUAAUAAAAUAUUUAAUAUUAAAAGUUCCUACUAGUAUUUCAUAAUAUUUACUUUAUUUUUUUAAAUCACUGCAAUAAUAUUUCAGUGUUAAUUUUUCAUCUAAAAGAUUUCUUAAUUAUUUAUUUGUUAAAUAUAAUUUACAAAAUCCAAUUACUUUAUAAUAGUAUUAUAAGUUGUUAUUAUUAUUUUACUUGCAUAUAAUGUAAUUUAUUUUUAUACAUUCUAUAGCUUUAUUUUUUUAAUAAAUGAUCUUGUUAAUACCUUA